AUGGACAUGAGACUGAAGGCUAAGAGUAUGUUGCUCUUGCGGAUGAUAAGCUCUUUGAUCUGGCAUGUAAUUGAAGGAGUAAAUGUACCAGCAAUGUUUGUGUUUGGGGAUUCACUAGAAGAUGCAGGGACUAAUCAUCAUAUUGGAAACUGUACUGCUCGGGGCGAUUUUACACCAUAUGGCGUCUCCUCCUUCCCCAGCCCAACGGUCUUCUUUAGGCGUGUACGUAAGAAGUCGUAUCUUAUAUAUUCUUUAUACUGUAUUUCCAGUGGAGGAAACGACAUUGAGGCCCACUUCAGCGGCCCUUACUCAAACCUCAGCGAUACACAAUUCGUCACUUUGCUGGUUCACACACAUGGUCGAUACAUCCAAAGACUUCAUCGCGCUCGAGCAAGAAAAUUUCUGAUACUCAACAUCUCCGUUGUAGGAUGUACUCCUAGUGCAAGAUUUACAUAUAAUCUGAAAUUCCAUGGAAACUGUGUAGAACCUAGGAAUAACGUUGCCCACGAUUACAACAUUGCUCUAAAAAAGCUUGUGGAUCACCUGAAGUAA